AUGAAGUCUAGAGAUAUGAAGAAGCUUUGGUAAAUUACGAUUCGGCAAUUUAGAAAUAUCCAGAAAAUUCUGAUUAUUAUUAUCGCAAAGGUAUAAUACAAUAUGAAUGAUUUGUUAGCUUAUACACUAGAUAGAAUGAGAAAGUUUUCAGAAGCUUUGGAAAAUUAUGAUUUAGCAAUUUAGGUAGAUCCAAAAUGUUCUGACUAUUAUUAUCACAAAGCUUUUACAUUACAUAAAAUGAAUAGAUUUGAAGAGGCUUUGAAAAUUUAUAUGUUAGCAAUUUAGAUAAAUCCAGAAAAUACCGACUAUUAUAAUCAUAAAGCUACUACAUUAUAUAAACUGAAUCGUUUUGAAGAAGCUUUGCAAAGUUAUGAUUCAGCAAUUUAGAAAAACCCAUAAAAUUCAAUGUAUUAUUUCAACAAAGCUAAUACUCUAGUUAAAUUGAGCAGAUUUGAAGAAGCUUUGAAAUUUUAUGAUUUAGCUAUUUCGAAAAACCCUGAAAAUUCUGAUUAUUAUAAUGGCAAAGCUUUGACAUUAGGGAAAAUGAAUCGUUAUAUAGAAGCUUUGCAAAAUUAAGAUUUAGCAAUUCAGAACGAUCAAUAAAAUUUAGUAUAUGAUAUUAAUAAAGCUAGUGCUCUAUAUGAAAUGAAAAAAUUCAAAGAAGCAUUAGAAUAUUUUGAUUCCGCAAUUAGGAAAAAUCCAGAAAUUUCUGAGCAUUAUUAUCGCAAAGCUUUUACUCUAGUUGAAUUGCGCAGAUUUGAAGAGGCUUUGAAAUUAUAUGAAUUAGCUAUUUCGAAAAACCCUGAAAAUUCUGAUUAUUAUGAUGGCAAAGCUACGACAUUAAAUAAAAUGAAGCAUUUUGAAGAAGCUAUACAAAAUUAUAAUACAGCAAUUUAGAUAAAUCCAGAAAAUUCAUAAUAUUAUAUUAACAAAGCGAUUCCUCUAGAAAGUUUGAACUUUACCGAUGAAGCUUUGGAAAAUUAUGAUUUAGCAAUUUAGAAAAAUCCAGAGAUUUCUGAAUUUUAUUAUCGCAAAGGUUUAACAUUAAAUAAAAUGAAAAGAUUUGAAGAGGCUUUAGAAUGUUAUGAUUCAGCAAUUUAGAAAAAUCCAGAAGAUUCACGUUAUUAUAACAGCAAAGGCAAUACUUUAGAUUAAAUGACACGAUUUGAAGAGGCAUUAGAAUGUUAUGAUUCAGCAAUUUAGAAAAAUCCAGAAGAUUCAAGUUAUUAAAUUAACAAAACUUAUACUCUAGAUAAAUUGGACGAAAUAGAAAAGAUUUUGAAAAUUCCGAAAAAUCUAGAUGAUCAAAAGAUGUAUAAUUACAAUUUCUAAGAAAUAAAAUCAAUGAUAAAUUUGACGAAUUAAUUGAAAUUAUUAUAUUAACAAACAUAUUGA